UCCCUGUGUGGGUGAGGGAGGAGGAACUGCACGAUGCCCUAACUGCUGUUUUUGGAUUGCGUCACUGCAUCUUCAGUGUUUGGUCUGACCAGACGCACUGCUGAUCCAGAGUCCUCUCUCACAGCUGUCAGUGCUCAGCUUGUCUCUGCAGCUACUACAGGAUCAAGAAAAGAAGAAAAGCAGACUUCCAUUGACACAAAACAAAGUAACCUGCAGCAGGAACACAGACUGGCAUCAUGACACAGAGCAAGCUGUUACUUGGAAAGAAAACCACCAAUGGUGACUCCAGUGGUCAGGACUUGGUGCCACCUUCUCCUCCAAGUUAUGAGGAAGCCACUACUGGUACCAGUGGUCCCUGUUACAGUGACGCUGAAAUGCUCACAGAGUUCACCUGGGACGACCACAACAUAAGAAGAAUCUUCAUCCGCAAGGUCUAUGCCAUCUUGAUGAUCCAGCUUUUUGUCACUCUUGCUGUGGUGGCUCUGUUCACGUUCUGUGAUCCUGUGAAGGACUACAUUCAAGCCAACCCAGGAUGGUACUGGUCAUCUUAUGCCGUCUUCUUUGUCACAUACCUGACUUUAUCCUGUUUCUCUGCACCAAGAAGACAGUUUCCAUGGAAUCUGAUUCUGCUUGCCAUCUUUACCAUCUCUCUUUCCUACAUGACAGGGAUGUUGUCCAGCUUCUAUAACACAAAGUCAGUGGUGAUGUGUCUGGGCAUCACUGCAGCAGUCUGUCUCCUUGUCACUGUCUUCAGCUUCCAAACCAAGAUCGAUGUCACAUCGUACCAUGGCGUACUCUUUAUUUUCUGCAUGGUUAUGUUCAUCUCUGGUCUGGUGUUGGCAAUUGUCCUUCCCUUUCAAUAUGUACCUUGGUUAGAUUCUAUCUACGCAACACUGGGAGCCAUACUGUUUACCAUGUUUUUAGCAUUUGACACACAGCUCCUCUUGGGAAACAACCGCUACACUAUAAGUCCAGAAGAGUAUGUCUUUGCCACUCUCAGCAUCUACCUAGAUAUCGUCUACAUCUUCUCCUUCUUCCUACAGAUUUUUGGAACAACUCGAGAGUAAAUCCGUUACACCACC